AAUGAUUCAAAAGGAAGACAAACGUAGGCAAGGAAUGUUUACCCUCUUAUGUAUCAGUGUGAGGCCUACACGGAAGUCAUCUAGACAGCGAACCUCCGUGUCUAAAUCUUGAUGAUUUAAUCUCACUCCAUGUAACACGCCUGGUGACCAAGUGAAGAAAUGGAGACUGUGGUCAUUGUGGCCAUUGGUGUCCUAGCCACUAUUUUCCUGGCUUCCUUUGUGGCUCUGGUUGUGGUAUGUCGACAACGAUAUUGCCGGACCAAGAAUCUUCUGACACACUACAACAACAAGCCAACCGUGGAUUUAAUUGGAGCAAUGGAAACCCAGUCAGAGCCAUCCGAACUAGAACUGGAUGAUGUUGUCAUCACAAACCCCCAGAUUGAAGCAAUUCUGGAAGACGAAGACUGGAUUGAAGAUGCCUCCGGUCUUGUGUCACACUGCAUUUCAAUUCUAAAGAUUUGCCACACCCUGACAGAAAGACUGGUGGCUAUGACAAUGGGAUCUGGAGCGAAAAUGAAAUCUUCAUCCAGUCUUAGCGAAAUUAUUAUUGUUGCCAAGAGGAUCAGCCCACGAGUCGAUGAUGUGGUCCGAUCUAUGUACCCUCCUCUAGACCCAAAAUUGCUUGAUGCAAGAACCACUGCUCUUCUCUUGUCUGUCAGCCAUCUUGUAUUGGUGACCAAAAAUGCAUGCCACUUAUCAGUUGGGCUGGACUGGAUAGACCAAUCAUUGUCAGCUGCAGAGGAGCACAUGCAAGUUCUUCGAGAAGCCGCUAUGGCCACAGAACCAGAAAGAAUCAUCCCAGGAACAGAAAACUUCCUGCAAGAACAGUCAACAAUAUAACACUUACGAUUAUACUCAUGCUGACAGCAGAUAGAACCAAGCGCACACAGAUACCUGUAUUUGAGAAUUAUUUUUUUUUUACUCAUUAUAAUUUUGUUUACCUAUGGGACUUGUACCAAAUUUUUCUGGUCAGUGUCUAUGCUAAUGCCACAUAGUAAACGUUUUUGUUGUUGUACUCUACCUAGGCUUUGGGUCACAUUUCUGGAUGAUGGAGUUAUAUUUCUCAAAUCCAGUCACCAGAGAAUAUUGAUUAUGAUUAUAAUACAACCAAAAAGUAUAACAAAGGUUUUGCAUAGAGUGUGAAAGGUGUACAACCUCUGGAAAUUCUAAUGUUAUAUUGGGAAGAUUACACUUCAUUUUUUUCUCCCGAUGACACAGCAGUAACAGAGUUGCUCAUAAGAACAAAAACCAUGAGAGGGUUCUGACACUUCUUCUCUCUACUAAUGUGAUAGAGUUGCUGUCACCCUACCUUAUUUUGUGCUACCCAUUCCUGUCCAGGUGUCUCAAUAGUAAAGUGCAUCGGCCCAAAUGGGACAUAGAGGUUUCAACCCUUCUUCGUUCUCAUCAAAAGUUCUAAAUUAAGAUCUUUUAAAUUUAGAUUUUAAAAUGGAGAUUAAGGUGAACUGUAUGGGGAUACAAAACAACCAGGAUGGGUAGACAGGAUAAGCUGUUAGCACUUACUAUAAUAGUCUUCUCCCUUGUACCACCCCAAGAAUUCCACAAAAGAAUACGCCAACAACUUUGAUGGUGAUUGUUAGAGUAAACUAAGUACUGGGGGCUUCUGACCCUUUACAUUGCAUUAUGUGAUUGCAAUAUUGCAUAAUUUUCCCCACUACCACAAAAUGGAGUUAGUCAGCUGCUCCAAGAAGCAGCACCACACAGCUGCCUGGCUGUACCACUUAUCUUAAAAGAUAUCUAAUGUUGUUCACCCCACCAGAACCUGUUUGACUUAAAGCCAAACUCCGGGUUCAUUUAUAAAAUUCAGGGUUGUCACUUGGCCAGAAGACUGAGCCCCCAGGACAGCAACCCAUACUCACAAGGACCCCUGGUUGUUCCAAGACCAGCUUGGUAAACACUACUAGCCAGAUUCAGGUAGACGUGCCUAACUUUAGGCAGGCGUUGCGUAUCUCAUAUAUGCUACGCCGCCGUAAGUUA